UACAGCCCUGCCCCAAGGCCAAUCAGGAUAAAGGUUUCAUUGCUGGUGCUUGUGUAUCUGUCAGGACUUCAGAGCAAUAAAAAGAUGAUUUGAGAUGUUGAUAUGCACUUUGUCCAGUUGUAUGGACCCCAGCCAAACAUGGCAUCUGAACUCUGCCAGACCAUCUCUGUGGCCAAGCUGGAAAGGCACAAGAAUCUCUUCUUGAAUUACCGCAAUCUAAACCACUUUCCUCUAGAACUGCUAAAAGGUGAAGGACUUAAGUAUCUUGAGAGACUUUACAUGAAGCGCAACUCUCUGACCUCACUGCCAGAAAAUCUUGCCCAGAAGCUACCAAAUCUUGUUGAGUUGUGUCUCCACUCCAACAACAUUGUGUUUGUCCCAGAAGCUAUUGGUUCCCUGGUGAAACUACAGUCCUUGGACCUCAGUGAUAAUGCACUUGAAAUCCUUUGCCCUGACAUUGGACGACUUAAAUCUCUGCGUCAUUUACGGCUAACGAACAACCGCCUGCAAUACCUUCCUCCAGAAAUUGGAAACCUGAAAGAACUGCAGACUUUAGACCUUUCCAUCAAUCACUUGGCCAGUCUACCAGAAAAGCUGCACCUUUGCCAGUCAUUGCGUUACCUGAUGGUGGAUCGGAACUUCCUGUGCAGUAUUCCACGCCACCUCUGCCAAUUAGCUAGUCUGAACGAUCUCUCCAUGGCUGGGAAUUGCCUGGUAUCUCUGCCUUUGGACUUGGGAAGAUCUCGGGAGCUUCAGUAUGUUUUUGUGGACAACAACAAUCAGCUGAAGGGUCUUCCCUCCUAUCUCUACAACAAGGUGAUUGGCUGCAGUGGCUGCGGCUCGUCUUCUCCCAUAGCUGAAACAAAGCUGCUUUCUUUCACCUCUGGGCCCCUGAGUGUCCUCCUUCCGGCCGAGGUGAAGUCCAUUGGUCUGUCCACUGACUCAGUGUUGUCUCUGCAAGAACUGUCGCUGCGUGCUCUCCAUUCUGCGUUCUGCUCGUUUUUACCAGAUAUAAGCUGCCUUUCCCACAUCUCAUUGCCCAGAAGAAUCUUGGAGCAACUGCAGUGUCCUCUUGGGCACUGCCAUCGCUGCAGCCAGUCCAUGUUUACAAUCGUAUACCCGAAGCUCUUCCCUCUGAGGGAGACCCCUAUGGCUGAAAUACAUCGAGGGAAAACAUCUGUCAGUUUUGUGGCAUACUGCUGCUCCAUCCACUGUCUCCAGACGUUCGAUCUACUGAGUUGAUAUUUAUUUUCUCCGGCAAUAUUGGACUGUCCGACAUUGCCCUUUCAUCUUCAACUACGAAACAACAACCAGCAGUGAUAUAUCUUACAUGUGCAAAUCAGUUUGAGUACAGGGGACUGCCGAUGUUCGUGUGCUUUCCUGCAGAUUCUUCAAUAAAGGCCCUCUUCUCCUUGUGUGUAUUUGGAUGAAUCAUACAUACCACAGGCAGGUGGAUCUGCCAUCGAAAACACUUAUAAAAGAUGUGCUUUAACAAACAGGCCCACACCAGCCUUAACCAUUACUCAAAACUGACACCUUAAAUAAUAAAAAGAUGAAGGCUCAGGCAAGGAUUCAUGUCAUGUAAAAUUUAAAAAAAAACGUGAUUGCUGUUUGUCAACAGUAUGUAAAGUCUGCAGGUAGAAUGGCUUUGAUGGAAAUAUCCAUUGUAGCACAUAUCUGUUCUGUGGUUUGCAGUGGCCUUCUUCAGGCAUGUUUCCUUGUGUAUCAAAGACACCAGUCAGCAGUGUAUGUCCGUAUCAGAGACACCAGUCAACAUUGUAUGUCCAUGACCAGAACACGAGGAGCAAGAAAGUCUUUACUGAAUUAUCAGACACCAAAAACCAAGAAAUCCAGCAGGUAGACUAUAUAGUCAUUAAAUGUUCUUCUGAUGGCGUUGCCAGUUUCCUUUGAAUCCUCCAUAUCUUGACCGUCAUAAUGGUGCUUCAUGAAGAUAAAAUAUUUUACAGUCUUGCCUUUUAACUGUUUCACUGCCACUGACAAGAGCUGAUCCAUUAUUGGUGAUCCUACUAGGAAAGAAAAGUUUUCUAAAUGGAUGCAAGUCAUCACACCGUAGCUUUUACCUGCGAUCAAAAGGGUCGCAGAUGUUUUCUGGAUCACAUGUGCUGACAGCAGACCUCUCAACACGGCGUGUUAGUAGAACACCAUGGCUGCUGACCAGACAUCUUAUUAAAGGCACGGGAAUAGCUCAUUAUUUCUAAUGACCUCAUCCCCAAAAUGUCUCAACAAAACAUGGACUGAAAUAAAGCUGCUUUUUCUGUGAAA